GAUACCUUGGAUACCUUUCGAGUUCCUCUUUGGAGUCACGACGGUGCCUGGAUACGCCUCAUUAGUGAUAACUCUUACCUCAGCCUUUUCCAGCAGCCAUGGAAUCUUGCGAGGGAGUUCUCUUGAUACCCCCUGAUCGGGGCCAGAUCUUGGGUCGCGCCAUCUGGAAGCCACGAUAUGUUGUUGUGGGAGGCCGCAGUGUCUACAGAGAAGCCGUCACCAGCCCGACCUUCCCUCAAAAUGCCGCCUCAACCCGCUCAAACGGGACCGGUACCAGAUCCCAGCCGCGGACCCCUGGCAACGACGACUACUACAUCUCCAUUUUCAAGUCAAAGGACGACUGGGAGCCCUCCUACCAAUACCCCGUCAGCUCUGUCAUAGACUGCCAGGUGCAAAUGCUUGCCCAUCGCAAGCAGGGUCCCGUUCUGCCCACCCUCGUCAUCACCAUCAACGACAAGGAAAAGAAGCGUCGUUCCAGUAGGGCAGCUGGCCUCAUCUCGAGCAAAGAGUCUACCGCGACCACACUCUGGUUUCGAACCCCUCCCGACGACCAUCACAUUAGUCUGCACGAAUGGGCCCGCUUCAUCAUUUCGAGGAAACUUCCCAUGAGCCCCGAAAGCCCGGCGUCUCCAUCCUUCACCAACCCCUUCGCUCAGCAGCGUUCCCGAGAUGUUGACUACUUCCCCCGACCUCCAAGUGGGAACCCUAACCCUCGCGGCACCCUGCAACAUAAGAACUCGACGCAAACAUAUUCGAGCCGAGACCGUCCCAUAACAUUCAGCUCCGAUUCCCCAAGUCUGCGUUCUAAGCGCAGUGAUGUCUCAUCACCAACAAGUACGACCCAUCCUCCUCAUAUGGGAUUCACCAUCCCGGAUCCCAACAAAUAUACUACGGUUCUCCCGAGCGACAUCCCCUCGCCAGUCACAACGAUGUCUAUGAGCGAUUACCAACGAAGCGAACUCAUCGAGGGAUGGACAGCGGCACAGGGACGUUCGUCUACCAUCAGCUCACCGAUCCGCGGCCGAGGCAGCGUCAGCUCAGGAGGUGCUCAACCUUUCCCGGGUGCUGAUUCUAGUUCACCACCGAACCAGCGAGAGACGAUUCUGGAUCGAGCUUUCCAAUUGCGCUGCAUCCCUGGUUCCGAACUCGAGACGCCGGGUGAAGAGAAGCUCACUUCGCUGGCUCGGUUCGACGCAUUGAUGCGGGAAGCCGACGAGAAGAUGCGCCAACAGGUGAAAGAGGCACACGCCGAGAAGAUUGCGAUGCUGAGUGCAUUCGAUGUCGAUGAAGACUCAUCCGAAGCGGAGGCUGAUGACGAUGAGGAAGAUGAAGACGACGACGAGCACGAUGAAUAUGCGCACGAGGCGGAUGCCAGUGGCAAUCGCCAGACCUUGAUUGCGCCCAAUGCCCAACGGGCCAUCGAAUAUCUCGCCAGCCGCCAAGAGGAAGCCAUGUCACCUCGCUCACCCGUGAUGAGGAGCCCGCCUGCCAACUUCAGCGUUCCCCUGCAGGCUCCUGCGCGACCACACACGGCGCAUUCCAAGAUGCGGCCGGGUGUGACGCAAAGGACGUACAGCCAAACUCAGCCCAUGGGCCAAGAGAGGCUCGAUGUGCCAACCUCUUCAUCUGGUAAGACAUCCGAUGAUGCCAACUUCCGAACCAACGGGGAAAAGCGGGCGUCCAGCUCCAGCGCCAAGCGACUCAGCUUCAGCGAGUUCACCAAGCGUCUCUCGAGCACCAGCAGCUUACUUCUCGUCCAGACCAACACCAGCGGCGGGAGCAGUUGCGGCAGCAGCGAGUUCGACCCAAAUCCAUCUCAGGUACCCAAAGGUACUUUGAACGCUAGGGGCGUUCCUCCACGACCUCGAGACCUCGAGAGAGAGGAACAAGAACGGCGCUGCGGAUGGCGAAACAGCAUCGGAUUCGUCGAGGGCGGCAUGAUUUGAUUCUAUUCACUACCGCCUGCCAGUCGCCAUGAUUGCCCUCUUCCCUCUUGUUAACUACGGCCGGAUCCAACCCACAUCAUUAUUCUUCCUCCAAAAACCACCCACAACCUACAGCUCAAACUUAUACCCAACUCACGCCACAGCAUAGUUUGAAAUAUGUUAACACGGACCUGGCGUUUGAUAUUCGUUCUUAUUUAUUCCGCGUUAUUUUCCUAAUUGGAGGUUCAAAGCAUCAUUUCUGAGUAGGGGGGCAUUUAUCGAAGGAAGCAGCACCUCGAUGUCAGAGACUCGAGGCC